AUGGAAUUCCUCGUGCCGUUGCAUGUUGCGGACCUCGAAUUGGCCAAGGCGGGACGUUAUCACGUGCAAUCAGUGCAGACGUUUGAGGAUGAGACGGAAGUAGAGAUCUUGACACGGGUGCAGCAACUGGAAGACCAAGUGCUAAGCAGUGAGGCGGGACUCGAGCUGCUUGAGGACGAAUGGCUGGACUUGACAUAUAGUCUUGUCAAGAAGCUUCCAGUGCUUGUAGAGCCAUUGCGAAUGCGUAUAGUCGAGAUGUUGGCGGCCUUUGUGAGCAACGUAACAGAGAGUGUCUUGGCAAGACGCAAGGAGGACGAGGAGGACGUGACAUUGAUCCGCAGUGCUUUUAAGGCCAGUGUCUACUUUCUUGUUACAGCGCUCACAAGUGUCUGCAGUCUACAAUUACAAGCUGAAAAGGGUAUUUUUAAGGCAAAGAAGAGUCAGGCGUCGACUAUUAACCGCAUCAAUUGGAGUAAAGUGAUGGAGGGAGCUAUUCAUAAACUCAGUCGCUCGGUCAGCCCAACGACGUUUGGCUUGUGGAACAUGAAAGUACCAGAGGAGGAAUUCUCUAUGCUCUACUGCAAAGUGGUCUUUGAGCUGCUGGGCAAUGCGACGCUCUGCCGUGGAAAAUUGCUCAAGCCGAAGCUUUACCAUCUUCUUGCAAUGAGUCUACAGAAGGCCCCUGCUAUCCACAUUUCGGUGGUGGCCUCACUCAUUGACCUCAUCUACACACACGAGCAUCUGAGCGCCCCCAUUGCUGAGCUGGUGGAGCUGCUAGUUUUCAAGUAUUCCAACACAACCUUUGCGUCGGAUCUCAUUAGUGAGAUUGGGAAAAUAUCGUCUCGGGACGCCUCGAAAGAUGUGACGGGAACGCGGAACAUUGCCAUGUUUCUUUCAAGUCUGUCAACGCUCACCCCAGCGUUGAUCAUGGGGAACCUGAGUUUUGUGCUAGCUUUGUUGGACUCGGAAGCGUAUCAGCUCCGGAAUGCUGCUGUUACAUGCGUGACACAAAUCUUGCUCUGGAAUUUCCGCCAGUGCGGACAGCAAGAACCAGAUGAUGCUGCGGUCACUGUGGCGAAGAAGAAAUUGCGAAAGCAGAAGAAAAACGGAGAAGUCACGAGCGAUGUGUCGGACAGUGAAAGUAGCAGUGAUGAAGAGGACGACAGUAGCAGUGACAUAAUUGGUGAAGACGCUGGAACGUUCAACGCCGAAGCUCCACGUACUUUUUCUCGCUCAACAAGAGACCAGUUACUUAGCGUGCUUGAGGAUCGCACCCACGACAUUAACUCAUUUGCACGCGGCCAUGUAUUGAAAAUGUGGGCUCUCUUGUGUGAAGAAGGUGCCCUCCCGCUGCAUAUGCUAAAGAACGUGACAUUAAUGGCCGUGGGGCGAUUGCAGGAUAAGGCGGCGGUGGUUCGCCGUCACAGCAUCCACUUGCUUUCAUUACUACUGGAAAGAAACCCUUUUAUGGGAAACUUAGAUCGUGAAUUUUAUGCGAAGAAGCGUGACGCGUUAACAGAAAAGAUGACGAAAAAGCGGGAUGAAGUAAUAGCCGGUGCGGAGAAGGAGAUGAACGAAGCGAUGGGUGGAAUCACCCUACUGAAAGAAGGCAUGGAAGCUCCUACAUCAGCUAUAUCUUUGGAAGAACAAGCUGCGGUACUUGAAAAAGAGCUGCAGAAGACUGUGCAUCUGUUAAAGUUUCACCAGGACGCAAUCGACUUUAUUGACGAGUUCGAGCUGCAAGCAAUUCCAUUAAUGGGUCAGCUGCUGGGCAGUAAAUCAGUUUCUGAUGUACUGGAAGCCAUCCAGUUUUUUGAAAAAGCAUACCGCUUCCAUCUUGGCGCAGCUCAAGCCGGAAUCAAGAAAAUUUUGCCACUGACAUGGCGGUCUGAUGUAUCGAUUCAAGAGCAAUUGUCCAAUACUUUCGUGGCGUUGUUCAUUCGUAUCGAUGAGGAUGACUCUGAGCGAAACUCGCCACUGCUGGUAGCAGAAAACCUUGUGAAGUUCUUAGAUGAGUGCACCGUCGCUGAGUACACGUGUCUUGAGCGCGUCAUGGGGGAACUCCAUCGUAGCCAGAAGGUGCCAAUGGUGGUAAUUAGCUCUCUUUGGGGGUUUGUGGAUGUGACAGUGUACCCAGUAUCUGUUGUGAGCAAUGCAUUGGCUCUACUUAGCAUGAUCGCAAAUAUUGAUGAUUCGAUGUUAUUUUCGAACGAUCGUCUCCGGCAGGUCCUCACAAUGGGUUUUGGCGACGUGGCAUGUAGCCCGGACUCACGAUAUCGUGUUCUUGGAGCUGCCUGUCGUUUGGUACAAUGCAUUCAGCUGGAACCGAAAACCUCAAUAACCAAAUCGAACAGUCAAACCCAAAGACGCAUACAACGCUCGAAUCUAGACGCGACAGAGCAGAUCAUUCUCCGCUUGCAGCAAUUUCUUGCUCUAAAUUUUGUGAGUGACAAUGGAAUUGAAAUGGAGUGCCUGCAUUCUACGUGGUUUGACACCGUGCAACAAGCAAUUGAAUCCAUCUUUUCCAUCUGCGAGCGCCCAGAGGACGUUUGUGGUGACGUGAUUAAGCAUCUAUCGCUGCGCCUCUUUGAAAGUGAUACGAACGAUGUGUCGCGUGUAGAGCUGGCACAUUUCUUUUUCGUGUUGGGUCACUCGGCAGUGAAAGUAGCUAUUCAUGUGGAAAAGCUGGCUGCGAAAGUGAAGAAAAUGCGUGGCAAUCGCAAUGCAGCGGCAGGACCCGCUGAUAAUUCGGCGCCAAAUGGCGACGCCGAAGAUGUUACCGCGAUGGAGGAUGAACUUGGUGUGGCUGCUGAGGUUGAGGCAGAGGAAGACACAUUCGUGAACAAUAUUAUUCAAAAGGAAAUUGCCUGCCGCAACCUGCUUGGAGUGUAUGGUCCACUUAUCAUCCGUGUGCUCGUCGGCGCAGAGAAAGAGUUUAAAAGCGACGAGCUACUGACCGAGUGCGCGGUAGUAGCUCUGAGCAAGUUCAUGGCUGUAUCCGAAGAAUUUUGCGAGAAUCACUUGCAGUUGCUGUUUACGAUCCUCCAGGAUUCUCCGCAGCCUUCCGUGCGAGGUGAUGUGAUCAUCGCGCUAGGAGAUCUCUCGUUUCGAUUCCCUAACUUGGUGGAGCCUUGGACAUCUCACUUGUACAAUCGACUUCGUGAUGUCAACCUUAACGUCCGAAAAAACACAAUUGUUGUUCUUUCUCACCUUAUUCUUAACGACAUGAUCAAGGUGAAGGGACAAAUUAGCGAGAUUGCCAACUCGUUGGUGGACGAAAACGAUGGCAUUCGUGACCUUGCCAAGCUCUUCUUCUACGAGCUAUCGAAAAAAGGCAAUAAUCCCAUUUACAACAUGCUACCAGACGCAAUCGGCCAACUGUCUACGAGCGAGCUAGUAUCCAAUUCAGACUUCCAGACGAUCACGCGGUUUCUCAUGCAGUUCAUUACAAAGGAAAAACAAAUUGAGAGUAUUGUUGAGAAGCUGGCUCAGCGUUUCCUGACGGCCUCUAAGGCGCAGCAGCAGCGUAAUCUGGCAUAUUGCCUGACACGCCUAUCACACACGGAGAAAUCGCUCAAGUAUCUGUACCAGAAUCGCAAGCUAUACAGCGACGCACUUCAUGAUAGCGCGGUUGCCGACAAUUUUACGUUGCUGAUCGCGAAAGUUCGGCGGGGGAACAUUGCAACAACGACAGCUGAGAUGAAGGAAGCCAUUGACAUGCUGGAUAAGUUUGUGGUUGGUAAGAAGGAAAGCAAGGAAGAGGAUGAUGAACCCAUGCCUAGUGAAUCCAGGGAGCGUGUUUCGUCGCCGCAAGCCAAGGGCAAGGCGAAGCGCAAGCCUUCCGCGAAAAGUACGAAGACUUUGCGUGCAAUUUCGAAGAAGAGAGGGCGAGCCAAACAAAAGGCAAGCACUCGCAGUAAGAAGGUUACCCAUGUGGUGAGCGAGGGUUCUUCAGACGAAGACUAG